CAGCCCCUUUUUUUUGCAUAAGAACCUACCCACCAUUUUAUACCUCAGUUCCUUUUUUCUCUCAAACACAUUUCACGGAGUACCUCUUAGCAGAUCCUCCUCUUGAUCCCUGUAGGUCUCAAGAAAUCUUUAGCUAUUUAAUACAUUUACCAACCUUUUUCAUUUGAAAACCAUCCUUCUUUCUGGCUGUGGGAGAAGAAUUAAGAUCUAUCAUGGAAUUAAGGGUUGUGCUCCUUGGGAAAACUGGGGAUGGCAAAAGCAGCACUGGGAACUCUAUCCUCAAAGACAAGCUCUUCCAAGUCUCAAAGGGCACGCAAGCUGGAACACAACACAAUGAGAUGAACGAAAAUGAUGAUGGCGACAGAAGAGUCAAAGUUGUCGAUACCCCUGGUUUCUGCAACUCGAAGCUCACCGAGGAACAGCUGACGGAAGAGCUGAAGGCCUCUGUUUCCCAGUGUGCUCCAGGGCCUCAUGCCUUCAUCAUUGUGCUCAGAGUGGGCAAAUACACUGCCCAAGAGAAAGAAAUUGUUUCUCAAGUCGGAAAAAUCUUUGGCAAAGACACUUUCAGUCAUGCUGUAGUCCUGUUCACCCAUGGUGACCAGCUGGCCAAAGAUCAGACCAUUGAGGAGUUUGUCGAUCAGAGUGAGGAUCUGAAGAAGUUGGUUCAAAAGUGUGGAGGCCGCUGCCACGUGAUCGACAACAAACGCUGGAACGAAAAGCACGAGUACAGGAGCAACAGCGUUCAGUUGGAGAAGCUGCUGAACACCGUAGAGGAGAUGGCUAACAACGGAUGCUGCUACACGACUGACAUGGUACAAGCGACCAAAAACGAAGCACAAGGUAAAGAAAACUCUUCUCUCAUUCUGACACAAAACCGCACAGAAAUGGCACAUUUUAUAUUUAUUUGGUACAAUUGCAAAUUUCAGUGUUUAGUGGGUUAAGUAAAAUACAAAACAAAUGCUAGACUACAGUAUU